AUGUUAAAGAAAAACAAAAUAUUAAUUUUUAAGUACUUUCUUAAUCUCAUUAAUUCAGCUUUUUUGAUUCUUGGACUUUUAUUCGUGGGAUUUGGUGCAUGCCUUUUAUUAGAUAGAAAUACUUUUUUAACAGCUUUGGAUGAAAACAAACAAUUCAUUAUAUAUAUUUCUCAAAUCUUGAUUGGAAUGGGAUCUGCUGUUGUUCUUCUUUGUCUGUUGGGUUAUUUGUCAAUUCACAUCAAAAUUGUAUGGCUCCUAAUUCUGUAUGCAGUAGUGUUGUCAUUGGCCUUUGGUGUCCAAGUUGUAUUUUCAGCACUCAUCUUCACAAAGAAAGAGGAGGUUCAACAACUAUGGCAUGACAAAAUGGAUUUAGUCAUUUCUGAGUAUGGAUCUAAAGAUAAGCCUGAAGACAUACCCAAGUGGACUAUUCUGAAUGCCUUACAGAAAACAUUACAGUGUUGUGGUCAACACAAUUACACAGAUUGGAUAAAGAAUAAGAAUAAAGAAACUUCAGACCAGGUUCCGUGUUCUUGCACAAAUUCUACAUUAAGAAAAUGGUUUUGUGAUGAGCCACUGAAUGCAACUUACCUGGAGGGUUGUGGAGGUAAAAUCAGCACAUGGUUUGAUGCUAAUGCUUUAACCUUCAUUGGAAUUAAUUUUGGACUUUUGACUUCAGAGGUUUUGCAAGUCUCAUUCAUUGUUGCUUUCCUCAGACACAAGAAUAGAAUUUAUGCAGAAACGUGA